GGAUACUAGAGACAUCGACGAACCCGGAAAUCGUUGAGGCUGCGGCUGCGAUUGUACCUUGCGUGCAAUGGUCCCCGAAUCUUGAUGCUUCAGCGGCCUUCGCACGUUUACGGGAUAAUUUUCAGGCGUGUCAGGACAGAGAUGAGCUAUAUGUGAAGUAUGGCAAAGCCAUGGCCCAUCUUUGCAUCCAGCCGGUGAAAAUCGAUUGGAUUCUUCAUUCUUUUGGGAAUGAUAAAUUUCGGUCAACCCGAAGUCGUUUCAUUCGUGAUGCGUUCAUGGCUGGACGUGCCGCCUACGAUCAGCUCAAGAAUACUGAGAAGAAUACGCAGAAGGACACGCAGAAACAAAACGCUCUACAGAAUUAUCGGGCCAGUGCACGCACUGCUCUGAGAACAAUCGUUGUCCACGGACGGUACGAUCGACUUUCACGUCCGGACGAUGCAUGUUUGAUUUGGGAAGCUAAUCUGCGCUGGUAUCACGGCGACAAGCGUGAGCCCAGCUGUGAAGAAUUUGAUUGGCUCGUUGAUUACGUGAGGGAUGCAGAGGACAGCAAAGACGAUGAAACGAAAGGUGACGCUUUGCUCGCACUGAGCGCUAUGCGUGGACUAGGGAGCUCUGCCAAACGAUGGUCCUACGUUAGCUCGCUUAUCCGCUGUAUACACUCCACCAGACGUCUCCGAGUCCAGCAUGCCGCGCUUAGAGCUGCUUUUGAAGCUCGAGAAGAACUAGCUUCUAUAGCCGGUGCCUCAAUGCCGCAUGAUGUCGAUGCGCAGCUUCUGAACAAACUUUCCCGCGCUCUUUUAACUGCUGUAACAAAUGGCGACCAGCUUGACACUGGACCCAGCGCUACUACUCUCUACCAAAAUCGAGACUAUUAUUACCUCCGCCUCAUCUAUGCCCUGACAAAGAACGACGAGUGGUGUCAACGUCUGACCCGUGAUGGUCAUCGCGAGCAGUGCAUUUCUCUAAUCAAAGGACCCAGUUAUGAUCAUGCGGUAGAUGUAUUCUACCUUCUUGUGAUCUUCGGGCGCAUCAAGUUCUCAGGCGAGGAUUUUCUUUUCGAUCCUGCCAAUGAGAGGUGGCGGCUGCUCCUCACAGAAACAUGGGAGUUCGUACAAUAUAACACAAUAGGCGACGACGAUGUCGAUGGAAUACCAGUCAUUGUGACAGCGACGAGGUUGAAUUUUCCAGCCUCGGAUAAUAGUAUUCCGGUGAAGUGGUUGGUAGAUCUCGCUGCAAAAGUGCAUCAAGCUUCGGUCAGAUUGCAGCAGAACCAAGCGUACUAUAUAGAUCGUGGUAUAGCUCAGGCUGCAAUUGACGUUGCACUAUCCUCUACGCAGGGCUUGGACGACGAACUGAGUCGUAUGGUCGAGCAACGGAAUACAUCGCAAAGGGACGAUAGAGCUUCCGGAUCAUGAAGGACAUACCAGCGUCAGUAGUCAAGUAUUUUGGUACACACGUUGCAGUUCAUUCCUAUGCAUAGAUCGGCGCCUGAAGGCCUGAUCCAUGAGAUGGAUGACAUUUACAUAACUGUAGUAAUUUUUUACUUACUUUGUGCAUACCAUGAUUGUAGUCCUGCUCUGUCUGUCAAGAAGUCGGCGACUUGCGUUUUAAUCUUCUCCAGCGGCAAAUCGAGUUGAACUACACGUCGAGGGGAGGGCAGACUUCCAUUCGGGUGUCAGAAAUAUCAUGGACAAAUACACC